AUGAUGCGCCGAGCGGCCCAGGGCAUUGGCGCGCGAUGCGCCGUCAUGACGAGACGCCCCAGCGCAUUGCAGGGCGUCAACAAGUGCGCAGCCCGCGCGCUGGCCACCAGAGGCCCCGAGCUCGAGUGGAUGAAGAACCGCGACCCGUACUGCAACGUGGGCGAGUCUAUUGCAUCCAAGAUCGGCGUGAAUCUGCACCGCCAGCCGAACCACCCGCUGCACAUCAUCAAGACCAAGAUCGAGGGCUACUUCGACGACCUGCACCAGAACCACGGUGCCCCUAAGUUCACGGUGUUUGAUGAUCUGGAUCCCGUUGUGACGACGUACGACUGCUUCGACUCGAUGCUCGUGCCCAAGGACCACGUCAGCCGCAAGGUCACGGACACGUACUACGUGGACGAGAACCGCGUCCUGCGCGCACACACUAGCGCGCACGAAGUGGCGACCAUGAAGAAGGGCUUCACGGCGUUCUUGGUGUCGGGCGACGUGUACCGUCGUGACGAGAUCGACGCCAGCCACUACCCCGUGUUCCACCAGAUGGAGGGCGUGCGGAUUUUCUCCGAGCUUGACGCGGCGACGCCUCGGGAGGAGAAGGUGGCGCAUGUCAAGGAAGAGCUGAAGAAGACGCUGGAAGGCAUGGCGAAGGAUCUCUUCGGUGAUGUGGAGAUGCGCUGGGUGGAGGCGUACUUCCCCUUCACGGAGCCGUCGCUUGAGCUGGAGAUCUACUUCAACGGCGACUGGCUGGAGGUGCUGGGCUGCGGUGUGCUGCAGCAGGAGAUUGUGCGCAACGCUGGACUCGGAGAGAACGUCGGCUGGGCGUUCGGCCUCGGCCUUGAGCGUCUUGCCAUGGUGCUGUUCGACAUCCCUGACAUCCGUCUCUUCUGGUCUCAAGAUAAGCGCUUCAUUUCGCAAUUCAAGGACGGCCAGAUCACCAAGUUCAAGCCCUACAGCAAGUACCCGGAGUGUUUCAAGGAUGUGAGCUUCUGGCACGACGAUAACUUCCACGAGAACAACCUGUGCGAAGUUGUGCGUGACAUCGCUGGCGACAUGGUGGAGCAGGUUGCUGUCGUGGAUGAGUUCACGCACCCGAAGACCCAGCGUAAGAGCAAAUGCUACCGCAUCACGUAUCGCCACAUGGACCGUAACCUUACAAAUAGCGAGGUUGACGAGAUUCAGGAGGUCGUGCGUGCUAGGAUGGUGAAGGACCUUGGUGUCGAGCUCAGAUAG